AUGGUACCGUCCAGCGGAAAACUUGGUAUCGGCGGGAAAGUGCGCGAAGAAAUCAUGGAAGCUGAAGAGGCCGCAGGUCAGGACUCGGUGAUAUGCUUAGAAGCCCAAAGAUCUUCCAACUCAAGUAUAAUCGAAGGGCUUGCCAGACUCUGGAAGAGGGAAGAAUUCAUAGAUUUAUAUCUCCAAGUUGGCGGCGCCUGCUCUGAUAACCCCGAAACGAAGCUGAUAGGAGCUCACAAGAUUGUAGUGUCGAUGAUAAGUGAAAAGCUGAAACGGAUUAUGACAGAAGAACAUGAAAGAAGGCGCAGAGACAGAGAAGACGCAAUGGCAGCCAUGCGUGCACAAAAACGAGAACAUGAUGAAGAACGACAGGAGAGAACUGACAGACUAACUUCAGACAGCCAAGGAUUACGCAGAAAGCGCAACCAUAAGCAGAAUGGCAUGGGUGCAGACUUUUCUCAUUCAGACAGAAGUACGGAUGCUGGUUCUACGCUGAGCAUGCAACUGGAUUCUAACUCCGCUGGCAAACUCCAGUCGGACAAAUUUGACGACGGAAAGGCUCAUAAUGGUGCGAGCAAUCAUUUUGGCAAAGAUGAACAACGGGGCAACGUUCAAAGAAAGGAUGAAUCUCGAAAUGGGAAACAUGCACAGGGUUCUGACUUUCAUGCUGCCAAUUCUGCCGAUAUUUUGGAUGGGAGUGAUUAUCAAAUGUAUUCGUUUGGAAUGCCGUAUGGGCCUGGAAUAAACUGUAUGGCAAUUCGUAUCAGAGAAAAUCAGCAUACUAUCGCUUUUGAUGAUCGAAACACCAACAUCAAAUAUUCAUUAAUGGAAUUAGCAACCAACAUGAGCAAUAUGGGCUACCUUGAAUUUUACGAAUGGUUUCCUCAGCAUGAUUUGGAUAGAGCCGGCAUCACCGGAAUCAACACUUCUCUAGCGAACCAAUUGCUAGGCGAAAACCCAAAGAGAUACUUCAGAAGCCCUCGUUUGCGAAGAGUUCUCCGAUGCAGCUCCGAGGGGGAGCAACCUGACAUGGGUAACGGAGAGAUAUGGAAUGUGGGAGAUCUCAUAUACGAAGUGAAAACUUUUCAUAACGGGUUGCUGACGCUGCCAGGCUCUGCAAACUUUGAAUACUGCGAAAUAGAAAACGAAGAGCAAGAAAUUGUGAAUGCUUGCCGUUUGCAUGCGGAAUGCGCAUCAUCUUCCACCAGGGUUGCAGUUGACGACGAUGUGAUCAUUGUGCCUGAAGACGACAUGGAGCCUGUAUUUCUUCGGGUUGAUCGUAUUCUAGCAAAAAACGGAGUUCCGAUUUCAGAUCGUACAGCUGCAGAUGAAGAACAGAUUGGAAUGUGUAGACCUUUCUGCUCUCCCCAAAUGCCUGACGUCCCGGGAAGCAAGACUGCUGAGUUUUACAUCUCUGGUCAUCAAUUUUAUGUGGUAGAUGGCAUGAGCGUUCCUGGUCCAAGUAAUUCAGCACAGGAAAAAGUAUAUUUCCGACUGAGUGAUGAGAGGAAAACUUUUCCCUUCACAGAUCUCGUGAACCAUAUAGUGCUCAGUCAAGAAACUGAUCCCCAGAACAAGACCUAUUCUUUGACAAAACUAGACCAGACGAUUGUGUAUCGAAAGAUUGUUGAACGACAAGAUCUUUUGUCUUCCAGAAAGAUGAUCUGCAAGUCAUGCAAGCAGGUUUUCCAGGAAAAACAUAUUUUUUCUAAGCACAUCGCUCGAUGCCAACGAGGGAAGAAUAUUGGGAGUGAAAAGCUUUUAGACGGUUUCAAUCAUUUGGGUGGCAAUCAGGAUAGCAACAAGCGCAACGACAAGCCACUCUCAGAUGCGAGAAAGAGUGCCAGUGAAAGGAAGCAAAAUGAUCAUCACCAGACAUCGACUAACGAAGGUUUCCAUGACAUGGCAUGGAUAGCUCAAGCAUUUGAAGCAAGGUAUGGUACUGGAGAUAGCAUGGACACCGGCGCUUGUGAUGCCUCGUCGCCCGUUCUAAGUCACCAAGGGUCUUAUCAUGUCGACGAUCUUCACUUGGGACUCUCGCCUCCGCGCCCUCAGAAUGUUUCAAGAGUGGCCGAUCCUGGAACCAAUACAGGUGAUCACACAGACAGAAACAGGCAUGCUGAGAACGACGAACAAUCUCUAUCCAUCAGUAAUGUCGAUCUGGGAGUAGAUGCCAGUAUUGAGGUCUGUGGGCCCAUUGUCCUGAACUUCCCACAGAUUCACCCAAAAGCUAUGUAUUACAUACUUGAAUACCAUUACUAUGGUCAGACUACGUUACCAAAUUUAGAAGUUCUACUUCUAUUCGCAAAUGCUGUGAAGGAACUGGAAAUUGAUGAGCUUAUCAACACAGUGAAGGACAAAAUCUCUCGGUCUGUGAAUGCAGAGACUUGUGUACCGAUAAUGCAGAGGAGUCCUCCAGCGAGGCUAGAGGAGCUGCUAAAACAGGAUCAGCUCAACGUGAACUCGGAGUGGGACUUGUAUCAACAUCUUCUACGAUGGAUGUGCUCAGGCGAUGCUGAGGACAUCUCACAUGCAGAGGUUGUAGAGGGUUUCUUUGCCAACAAUGGAGUGGCAAGGAGGGGACACUCGUUGCUCUCUCUCGUUCGCUGGCCGCUCCUGGGAUCGGAGAAACUCACCAGAUUUGUAUGGAGAGACAAGCGGCUCAUCGGAAACUUCUGGCACAACCGUACGUGGAAGAGGCGAUGGCUCUGCUUCUUGCUGGGGCCCAACGUGACGAGAUAG